AUGAAGUUCUCCAUUGCUUCUAUCGCCGCCAUCGCCACCACUGUCACAGCUCAGCUGGUGUACCAGCAGCCCCAGCAGUACAACCAACAGCCCCAGCAGUACCAGCCCCAGUUCCAGCCCCAGUACCAGCAAUACACUCAGCAACAGAACAAGUACUCUCCAGCUGAGGCCCAGGCGUUCCACGGCUGCAUCGAUCAUAUGCUUGAUCAAUUCAACACUGAGAACUCGGGUAGCUCUGUUUCUUGCUCUACUUUCAAGUGCCUUGACCAGACGGCAAACCAAUACAGCCGAGGCGGAGUCCUCGCUGGACUUGGAAACGUUGUCAGCUUGGCCUGCGGCUUUGGUGGAAUCAUUCCUGUAGGAAACCUCCCUGCUGGGCCCCAGAUCUCUCUAUGA